AUGCGUUAUGUCAAGGAUGUCAAGUUCGUCAUCAACUACGAUUUCCCCAACAAUGUCGAGGAUUACGUCCAUCGUAUCGGCCGUACUGGUCGUGGUGGAAACACCGGCACGUCGUUCACCUUCUUCACAAUGGACAACGCCAAGCAAGCCAAGGAGCUUGUCGGAAUUUUGCAGGAGGCCCAUCAAGAGAUCGACCCCCGCUUGUUGGAUAUGAUGCAUAUGGGCGGCGGUGGCCGUGGAGGUGGAGGCCGUGGCGGUCGUGGCGGCGGACGUGGUGGUUAUGGCGGUGGCGGCGGAUACGGCGGUGGCCGUGGUGGCGGUGGCGGUGGCGGAUAUAGCAGCCGCGGAGGCAGCGGUGGAUCCUAUGGAGGCAGCAGCGGUGGAGGAUAUGGUGGCAGCAGCGGCGGCGGAGGAUAUGGAUCCCGUUACUAA